GCGUUGGGUGCCGUGACGUGCGGGCCCGCGCGGUGUGUAGAUGCGGCGGAUCCGUUCCCGGGAGCCGCGGACGUUAUAAAUGGCGCCGAAGCAGGACCCAAGGCCUAAAUUUCAAGAGGGUGUGUUUUGACCUGAAAACCUGGCAUGUCAGUAGCUGCGAGGACUGUUGGACAGCCACAUCUACAGCAUAAAAGCGCCUGGAGCAACUUGUGGAUUCUAUAAUGGGCAUCUUGGAAGAGAAGGGAGAAUAGGUAUGAUGGAAACUGAAUCACCGUGAAGGUGAGCGUGUCUUGUGCUUUCAUGGGCCUCUUCUGUAUGAAGCUAAGCUCGGUACUGGCUCCUUUCAGAGAUAAUCAUAGAAGGCCCCAGUCAGCAAAAGUUGAGAUAGCAGAACUGAUUUAAGUCAGUAUUUACUACCCAUUUAUCCCUUCCACAGUGUGUCAAAGUUGCCAUUAAGGACAAGCAGGUGAAGUACUUCAUUCACUACAGCGGGUGGAAUAAGAACUGGGAUGAGUGGGUACCAGAGAGUAGGGUACUCAAAUACGUGGACACUAAUCUGCAAAAACAAAAAGAACUUCAGAAAGCUAAUCAGGAUCAGUAUGCAGAGGGGAAGAUGAGAGCAGCCGCUCCAGGAAAGAAGACUGCUGCACUUCAACAGAAGAAUGUAGAAGUGAAAACAAAAAAGAACAAACAAAAAGCCCCUGGUAGUGGUGAGGGUAGCAGCACCAGCGAUGCUCCUCAACCACCACGAAAGAAACGGGCCCGAGUGGAUCCAACGGUAGAGAGUGAAGAAACUUUUAUGAACAGAGUUGAAGUUAAAGUAAAGAUUCCUGAAGAGUUAAAACCAUGGCUUGUUGAUGACUGGGAUCUCAUAACAAGACAGAAACAGCUUUUUAACCUUCCUGCCAAAAAAACUGUGGAGACCAUCCUGGAAGAAUAUGCUACAUAUAAAAAAUCCCGGGGAAACACAGACAACAAGGAAUAUGCAGUGAAUGAAGUGGUCGCUGGUAUUAAGGAAUACUUCAAUGUGAUGCUGGGUACACAGCUCCUAUACAAGUUUGAACGGCCUCAGUAUGCAGACAUCUUAGCGGACCAUCCUGAUGCCCCCAUGUCCCAAGUUUAUGGUGCACCUCAUCUGUUGCGUCUGUUUGUUCGUAUUGGAGCCAUGUUAUCCUACACUCCCUUGGAUGAGAAAAGCCUGGCUUUGCUUCUGAACUAUUUACAUGACUUUCUGAAAUAUUUGGCAAAAAAUUCCACCACUCUCUUCAGUGCCAGCGACUACGAGGUUGCACCACCUGAAUACCACAGAAAGGCUGUAUAGUUUAAACUUCGAUCUGUUCCUCUCAGAGUGUCCAAGGAUUCCUUACCAGAUCAUUCUUGAGUGUUACAUUGUGCAAGUGACUGAUGAAUGAACAUGUACGCUUGAACUUUUGGGUGAUCUUAUGGAUUUUAAGGGGAGACUGAAUACCAUUGUCUUUGUGUGGCAGUAACUGCUGAAGACUGAAUACCGGUGGUGUCUCCUGUUCUAGACUCAUUGGGGAUGUGUGGCUAAAGAAUACUGCUACACAGAAAUGGGCCCAGUUUCCUAAUAUGCUGCUUGCAGUACGUCAGAGAUUGACUUGUUCAUCUUGUCUUUAUGUACUCUUCUGCUCGACCGCUCCCGUCCAAACCUGGCCAUACUUACCAGCCAUGAAGCAAAUGUCCUCAUCGGAAAACAAGUGUUCUGUCCUCGUUUUAUUUUAUUUGCAUAUUAAAAUAGUGUUUCAUGACUGACAUUUCACAUCCUUCACAUUUUGUAUUGCUUAAGUCCACUAUGAGGAUUAUAGCUAUCAACUUGUAUUAUAUUUUUAGCACUUCAGUUGAUAUCCUUUUGUAUUACUGCAGUCUGUCAUUGAAAAAUCUCUUGGAUAGAAGUACUGCUGUUCUUGGCAAAGUUCUACAUUUAAAGUAAGAAAAACGCGCUCUGUACAGAACAUGGGGAAUCGCUAGAUUAAAAACUCUCUAUAUCCUGGUUUUAACCAAAGGGCUGGCAGUGGCUGUUAAACAAGAUGAGAGCCAUUUUUAUUUUAUUUUUUUCUAAGGAGACCUGUUGACUCAUGCUGGUCACCUUCUAGAAGUGUGUUCCUGAAGUUGGUAAGUUGGCCAUCUUUGUGAUAGAAGAGCAAUUGCUUGUCCUUUUCUCGGGGUGUUAUUUCUACAGUUUUGUGCAGCUGAAAUCAAGGUUUGGUUGGAUUUUCUUACAUGUUCUUGCCUUCAGAUCGGCAGAAGAUUAGACCAAUGUCCAGUUUAUGCAGAAAUCACCUGGUUGGUAAUACUUAAGGUUUGGUAAAACUAACCUCAAGGUCUUCGUACAAACUAUUCUAGUGGAUUAAAUAUUCAUUAUUGAAAAUGGAUGGGGGGGGGGGGGACUUUGUCAUCCUGAAGAAUGGUAGUCUUGGCUGACUAUUGUCAUUGUUAGGCAGCAGUCACAUCAAGCUUUUAUUCUUCAUCAUUCCAUGGGGUGUCAUUCAUUCUCCUCCGUAGCAACACAAAUGCCAGCAAGAGAUUUGUCACUUUUUUGGCGGCAUGUGAUAUGUUCAGUGGUUAAUCACAUUUUUUAUGCAUGAGUUGUUUUAUGUAUUGCUUUAAAAAUGUGUACAAAAGAGGUUCUAUAAAAUAAAGGUGCUGUUAUUAAUUUGGUGUGUCCUA